CGCCAGCAGACCACCCCCACCACCCUUUGCCACUUCCACAAACUCCCCCACCUCCACACAUUUAUACCAAUUCCUUAUUCAAAGAGUUCUCAAAGUUUUUUCUUUUGGCACCCCCACUUUUUAUUUUUCCAAAGCCUAGCCUGGUGUGAUUUCCUUUUUGUUUUGAGUUAAAAGGGAGUUCCUUUUCACAGUUAUCAUGGCUUUGAAUUUGGUUUCUCCUCCUGAAAUCCAUUCUAUCUCCUUCUUGGGUUCUACUAAGUCCAGCUCCUUCUCCAAGCUAUUUCCAGGGGGUUUUGUUUUGAAGAAGGACUGUGGCACCACGUUUGGGAGGAAAGUUCAAUGUUCAGCUCAGGCUCCUCAACCACCACCUGCAUGGCCUGGACGAGCUUUUCCAGAUCCCGGACACAAAACUUGGGAUGGCCCCAAGCCUAUCUCCAUCGUUGGUUCAACUGGUUCCAUUGGAACUCAGACGUUGGACAUAGUUGCAGAGAAUCCAGAUAAAUUCAGAGUUGUGGCGCUUGCUGCUGGUUCAAAUGUGACCCUUCUUGUUGAUCAGGUUAAGACAUUCAAACCUCAAUUGGUUGCUGUUAGAAACGAGUCUUUGGUAAAUGAACUAAAAGAGGCUUUGGCUGAUAUGGAGCAAAAGCCUGAGAUUAUUCCUGGGGAAUCAGGUGUUAUAGAGGUUGCUCGCCAUCCAGAUGCUGUCAGUGUAGUUACAGGGAUAGUAGGCUGUGCGGGAUUGAAGCCUACAGUUGCUGCAAUAGAAGCAGGCAAAGAUAUUGCUUUGGCCAAUAAAGAGACCCUGAUCGCUGGUGGCCCCUUUGUCCUUCCUCUUGCUCACAAACAUAAAGUAAAAAUUCUUCCAGCUGAUUCUGAACAUUCUGCCAUAUUUCAGUGUAUUCAGGGAUUACCAGAGGGUGCACUUCGGCGUAUUAUUUUGACUGCAUCUGGUGGGGCUUUCAGGGAUUGGCCUGUUGAUAAAUUAAAAGAAGUCAAAGUAGCCGAUGCUUUGAAGCAUCCUAACUGGAAUAUGGGGAAAAAGAUUACUGUGGACUCUGCUACCCUUUUCAAUAAGGGUCUAGAAGUCAUUGAAGCUCAUUACCUAUUUGGAGCUGAGUAUGAUGAUAUUGAGAUAGUAAUUCAUCCGCAAUCUAUUAUACAUUCAAUGGUUGAAACACAGGAUUCAUCAGUGCUGGCUCAGUUGGGAUGGCCAGAUAUGCGCUUGCCAAUCCUCUACACUAUGUCAUGGCCAGAAAGAAUUUAUUGCUCUGAAAUAACUUGGCCUCGACUUGAUCUUUGCAAGCUUGGUUCACUAACUUUUAAGGCUCCUGACAACGUGAAAUACCCCUCCAUGAGUCUUGCCUAUGCUGCUGGGAGGGCUGGAGGCACCAUGACAGGAGUUCUUAGUGCAGCUAAUGAGAAAGCUGUGGAAUUGUUCAUAGACGAAAAGAUCAGCUAUUUGGAUAUUUUUAAGGUGGUGGAAUUAACAUGUGAGAAGCACCAGGAAGAAUUUGUGGCCACUCCUUCCCUAGAGGAGAUUAUACACUAUGACCUUUGGGCUCGAGACUAUGCUGCUAGCCUACAACAAUCAUCUGGUCUGAGUCCCGUUCUUGCAUAACUGAUGGCUUGCACAUGUUACAAGACCAAACCAGGCUCUAUCUUGAAGACUCGGAAGUUCUCAGUUUAUGCCGAAGGCUAGCAUUCUUUCAAAGAUGCCUAGUAUCAUGUGUCUCGAUAUGAAGAUAUCGAUAUCAUUCCCCCGUUUAGUUGUAUAAUGUCCAAUUUAGAAGUGGCAAAUUAAAGAAUAUAGAGCAUGGCAUGUUGCGGUUGGGUGUAAACAUAGGACAAAUGCGAGCAAUCAAUAGCAGCCUCCUCUAAACAGGGUUGUUUUUAUUACAUCUAAUUGAUGUCAUGUUUAUGUUUAUGUUUUUUUUUUAUGAUAUCAUUGUACUGAAACUGUUAAAUAUUUAUAUAAAACUUUGACAGGUUAAUAGUGCUUGGCA